AUGUCCGGCGAGAUGCAAUCCAACACAAAUGCCUACCAAUAUGAUCUUUCGACAAUGAAUCUUUCCCUCUUGACUCCCACUCCUCAUAUUCCCAAACAACACCAUGGUGUGCCAAUCUUGGAAACUGACCUACUACCUGAAGAAAGACUAUUUUGGCAAGCCUAUAACACCACCACUUUUUUCACCUAUCCAUCCAACUCUUCAAACAAAUUUUUCCUUUAUUCCCAUGUUUCUCUAUUAUCCAUCUCAGUGUUGUUCCUCUAUCCGGCUUCUUUGGUUCUAAACAAUGUUAACUCAAUUUGGUAUCUUCCUGUAUUAUCUCUAAACCUAAUUUCGAUUCUAUCAAGUUUAACUUCUCUAUCUAUAUUCGCAAACUCUAUUGACGAAGCUUUAUAUCCAAAUAAUGCUUACAACAAAAUGUCUUGGAUUCUAUUAUUUAUGGUUAUAGUUCACUAUUUUUCGGCUUUGGUCUCUAAAACAAAACAAAAAUUCAACUAUUACUUUACAAAUAACUCUAUUUCCUCUCAAAACCCUUCUUUCAUUCCAUUACAUGAUUAUCGCUCUUCUAUUUCCUCGGAUUUCCAAAAUCAACAAUUUCCUGAUCUUGAUCAAGAUACUUUAUUUGAUCGUUCCAAUCAUCCUUCAUUUGACGACUCUAAAAAAAAUUCCUCUGGAAAUUAUUAUUACAAUCCUAGAAAAAGCUCUCUUGUUUAUAAAUUCUUUCACUCAAAAUUUAUUCACUUUUUAAUUGCUAAUCUUGGCAAUGCUUGCGUUUUAAUAUUCAACUUACUAAAUUACUCCAUCCUCUUCUAUUUCCUUUGUUAUAUUCCCACUGGUAUCGCUGUUGGUAACCUUCUAGGAAAGGCAAACAAGGUAUUCAACCUCCUAGCUCAUUUCAUUAAAGGCGGCGUCUUCUUUUCCUUUGGUAUGCUAACUUUGUGUCGUUAUUGUGGUUGCUGGAAAGAUUCAGCCUUUGCCUGGAACUUUUUAAUUUUAUCAAAUUUCGAUAAAUCAAACAGCAAAUGGUGGUUCAUUAGACACUCUCCAAAAGGCCUAAUUACAAUGGAGUUUGUCGAAAGCUUUUUAAUCUUCUUUUAUGGUAUAACCAAUAUCUUUCUAGAACAUUUGGCUUCCCCAGGUGGGCCUUGGGUUGCAAAGGACUUGCAACAUGUUUCCAUCGCCUUCAUGUAUAUCGGCUCUGGCCUAUGUGGCCUAAUUGUAGAAUUUUCUUUAUCAAAUUGGAGAUAUAACAAGGCCAUUAAAGACACUUCUAACGAUAACCCUGAUAGUAAUCAAAACCAUAUUGUUGCUGCUUCUCCUGGUUAUUCUCCAAACCCCUUUCCUGUUUUCACCAUUUUUUGGACCGGUAUCCUAAUGUCCCAACAUGCUCAAGCCUCAGAAUUAUCCACCACUAUCCAUAUGCAAUGGGGCUACAUGCUAUCAUAUGGUUCUCUAUUCAGAUUAUUCACCAUUCUUAUUUUAUUAUUUCAAAAAGACAACGACUCUUUUAAAAAAAUUGGUGAAGUUAGAAGACCAAUGACUGAAUUGAUUACUUCCUUUGCAUUACUAACCGGAGGCUUGAUUUUUAUGGAAAGUACCGAUCAAAUUGUUCAUGCUCUAGAAUACAGAGGUUUAACUGCAAUGUUUACGUUAAACGUAAGUGUGGGUUGUGUUGCCCUUUUAAUGAGCUGGAUAAUGCUCUUAUGUUUUUGGAGAGAUUGGUUAAAAAAGAAAAAACACUUGGUUUAA